AGUUCCAGGCCAUUCUAGGCCUUCCACUGGGCCUUCCACGGCCGCAUCGCCAUGAGCCAAAGAAGCCGGGGGGAGAUCAACCUCGCCGAGGCGGCGCGAGCACAAGAAGUUCACCUUGUGGCUGAAAGGCUGGCUGCAGGUGAUGAUGUCAAUAUGCAGGACUCUCAAGGUAACACGGCCUUGCACUGGGCUUGCCUUCUAGGCCUGCACGGCCUCAGCUCAUUACUUCUGGCCCAUGAUGCCCGCACGGACAUACCAAACCUUAAUGGUUCCUACGCCGUGCAUGCCGCAGCGGCCGGCAAAAACAUCAAAGCCAUGAAGAUGCUCACGGGCGACAAGAACGUGCACACCUCAAAGGACGUCUUGUUUCAGCAGGAUAGGAAGGGCUACACGGCAUUUCUGAUCGCUGCCGAGAACAACGAUGUGUUCACCAUGGAGUGGCUCUACUUUCAAGGCGUGAGCCUGGAGCAGCGGGGCGCCAACGGUGAGUCGGCUGCACUGAUCACAAGUCGUUUGGGCCACACUCGCGGCCUUCAAUGGCUGAUUUCGCACAACGCCUCUAUCUUCGAAAGAGAUAACGAUGGUAGAAAUGCCCUCCAUUUGGCCUGUGCUCAUGGUCGUCACGACUCCAUCAAGAUGCUGAUGGAUUCAACGAGCACCAAGAGCCUUCAGUGUGUCGAUACCAUGGGCGAUGGCGCCAUUUCCUUAGCCUGGAAGCACGGCCAACUGCACGUGUUUUGCUGGUUGUGGUUUGUGGAGUUCGCAGAGGCCUUGGCUGACACCUUGUCACUGAAGUCCUCCGUACGCGCAGCACUGUCUCGCAGCGCUUGGACCACGGUCUUUUGGACGCUGCUGUUGCUGAAUUUUCUGACCUUUCUGGCCUUACUGGAGCCAGCAGGGACAGAGGCGAUGCUAUGGCUUGCACUGCUGAGCUGCGUGGUCUGCUGUUGGUGGCACCUGUCCAUGUCGGAUCCAGGCUUCACUGGUCCCAGGUUUGCUUUUGCGACUCAGGAGCAGGAUCCUGAGCUGGAGCGCUUUGCGGAGCUGAUGCAGCUUCCCAUGGAUCGGCAGGCCGAGGAGUUAACGAGACUCUGCGGCCCGAGUCGCUCACCGAAGGCGGCAGCGACCCAGAGAGCGAGCAAUCGGAUCGACCGCAUGGGCGCCGAGUCGUCCCCCUGGGCUGCCUUGUGGUCUAGUUCCAAGGAGGUGGAAGACGAGGUAGCCCCAAAGUUGGGCUCUCGCUGCGACCCGGCGCCCUCCGGGAACUCGCGAUCCUCGCGGACCUUCAGGCGCUCCGAUGAGGAUGAAUGGGACGAGGAGGGGGCGAGCUGCGCCGGCUGCGCCCCAUCAGCCGUCGCCACGGUGCAACAACGCUGGUUGCGCUUGUCUCGCCGGCAGCAGCUCUGUAGAGCCUUGCUGGAGAAGUAUGACUUGGCCAGCCUAAGGCAGCAAGCGGAGGGCCACCAAGCUGAAAGAGAAAAGGAGGCGCACUUGAGGCAAGUGGAGAAGGACCUGAAUUCCAGGGCCCUGAAGCUGAUGGAUGAAGCAGGCGCUGCUAGAUUCAAAGAAAUCUCAGCGCAGUCUGGGGAAUAUGCCCGACUGGCGAUGGAGGGCGAGUUCAGGACUCUCUGCGUGAUUUGCCGAGGCGUUCGUUCUAUGAGGUCUUUCCACUGCAAGCUCUGUGGCUGCUGUGUCCAGCGCAUGGACCACCACUGUCCCUGGGUGGACCGAUGCAUCGGAUUGGAGAACCAAAGGUCGUUCUAUGUCUUUCUGAUCCUUUUGGCUUUGGUCUUCAUGCUCUUCCUUCAGAUGAGCAUCAACUUCUUGGCAGAGGCCGAAGGCCUUGGUCUCUCCAGUGCAGUGCUGCUCAUCCUGCUAUGUGAUGUGCCGGCCAUGCUCUUCGUACUCGCUUUGAUUCUUCGACAAACUGUCUACAUGCUUGUGAACGUGACCACCUACGAAGUUUUGGUCUGCCCUCCUCACAUGUGCAACCGCUUCCCCAGGAGAGGCUCCAGUCUGUGGUACCUUCAGGGUGCCAGUUUGAGAUCAUGUUUGCGGAAUUUCCUCAGCUACUGGAUGAUGGACAUGAGUUCCGACUGUUUGGACUUUGUGGAGGACAGUUCCUGCGCGGAAGAUGCAGAAACUGAGGAAGGGCUGCAGAAAUGCUGCCAAUGGGGUUCAAGCGGUGG